UGGGUCAAUUAAAUCCAAUCAAUACCGUCCACAAUUUGUAACAGCAAGAGAAAUAAUGAAGAACUAACUCAGUUCGAUCAAUAGGAACGUGUGGCAUAUUUAGUUCAACUAUUAACCGAAAACUAAACUUUUUCUUCAAUCGUACUUGUUUUAUAGAGAAUCAUUUCUCUUACACUUAAUAAUCUUAGACAUUCAUCCACAUACGUUUAGUUCUUUAACUUCUAAUUAUCCUUAAACAUCAAUUUACCUUCCUUUCCCUUUCCUCUUAGAUAAGGACUUCAAUAAUCAAUAAUUCAACCCCUACGAACAAACAAACUCCAAUAUAAACACCGAACAACUGAUUGACAUGAAGUAACUUGUAAAUCAAUCUUAUAGACAAAUGACAUGAAGCUUAUAACAUAAUAUGUAAACAACACAUAACUUCACAUAUCAAAAAUAUACGUUAUAUCCAAAUAGACCCAAUACUUCUAGUAUUCCAUCCUUUCUACAAAAUUGAUCUAAUUAUAAUAUAUACAUAUAUUAAUAAUUUUUAUCAUUCCUUCCACUCAACAUAGUAGAAUUAACGCAGCUAAAUGUCUAAAAAGUAUUCUAUCAGAAUAACCUUCCUUAUUAAAUAGACUCCAUCCAGUACUAAUAAUCAUAAAACUUCAUAUAUGGUACUUAUAGCGGUCCAAAAUUCUUCCUAUCUAAACAAAAUAUUUCAAAGCUACAAAAUAAACUCCCAAAUGUUUCAUAAAAACUGGCCAUAUAAUAUAAAUCCAAUACGUAAAACAGUAAAACAAUAAUGAGAAGAACAUUUCAGUUAUCUGCAUCGCAUCAUAGCAAAACAGAAUCAACUACUACAUAAUCUUGAAUAGUUCCCUACAUCCCUUCCCAACCACAAAGUCAAGCAAGGCAUCCUAAACUUUAAAAUGAAACAUUGGCAUAAAUCUAUUCAAAUGCCAUGUCACACACUGGCAUCCUGUGUGAUUCCGUACAAUAAAACUAGACUCAUAAAAUAACUGAUGAUAACAAUGUCAGAAAUAUCCGAAACGAUCAUGCUAUGAACCUUUAAAAAAUUAUUCGACUUUAAACUUAGAAUUUAUUUAGAAUAUAAAGACUAAUGACAAUUAACACAGAAAUGAGAAAAUCUUUGCAACUUCAUACUCUAAAAAUUAUUACGAUUUUUAAAAUUAGUUAGAUACUAUCCAUACCUUUGAAAUAAACUAUGUUGGUUGUCUUUGACUUCCAUAACAAAUUUUAUUUCACUAUUAAGGUACUUAAAAUAGUUCUACUAAUUAUUUCAUGUAGUUUUAUUGAUUCUAAACAUACCUGAUGAUGGUCUCUAGCAAAGACCGAAACGUGUCGUAUGGUUGCUUGAAUCAAUUCUAUCUUUUAUCUAACUCACCCUCAUCAUCCAUAUCGUAUUCAUCGUAAUAUACUAUAUGCAGCAUUAGUUCGAGCUGCUUGUAUUUGUUCACAUGUCGAUGAUUUUAAUUCCGAACGUAUUCGUAUUGAUAUGUCAUUAUUAUUAAAUGAAUAUCCACCGUAUUUUAUUACGAAACAUUUUAAACAUUUCUUUCAAUUAAAUAAUGCAACAUCUAUAGUACAACUACUUGAUGAAAAAGCUUAUCAACGAUUACAUCAAUAA